AUGGCACAAACAUACACCAGCUGUGUGUGCGAUACAGACGAGGUUAAAUGUAACAAAAUAGCUUGUGACAAUUAUGCAAGCGCCGGCAUAUUCCACGACAUCCCUGGUGAUGCCGUUGGACCGCCAAGCACUUUUGAAAACGGCAGAUGCCAUGCUAUAUACAACAACAACGGGCAGUUCAUCGAAUUCCAAGGCCUUGACCCAAAAGAAUUCGAGGCCCAGUGCAGGAAAGCUUGCAACACCGGUUCAACCUGCUGA